AUGGCAUCCCAGUCUGAAGACCAAGGCCGCCUUCGGGUGGCCUGUGCAGAACUGGACCGUGACCCCAAGAAUGUUUACGGUCCUCGGGUCGAGUUUGACAAGACCAGCAGCCUCCGGACUAGCGGCCCGGCUCUUUUUCUAUUGAGCCUGGACGACCUGCAACAGUCCUGGGACAGACAAGAGCUGCACCGAAUGCUCUCCAUCCCGGAGAGGUUCUUGCUCAUGGGCCACCCGGCAGAGACAGCAACAGCUUUUGCCAGUAGGGCAGCUGCAAAGAGAGCAUCCGGCAACGGCAUGCACACGUUGGUGAUGGCAUGUCUCGUGGCUCCGAUGCUUCUGCUGGCAGAUCAAGCCGGGGUGACUUCAGAAGGCCGGCCGACUCCAGCAGCCACUAUGGAGCAGUUGUGGGACAUGGCGUAUGAGGACCUAAGAGCCACAGGCAGCAUGGGUCGGGUCCACAGGAAGCAAAAAGUCUGUAGUCCCAGAUCCAGACCCACAGCUGCCAAGCGAAAUGUGCUGCGUAAAGCCACAGCUGCCACCGGAGAGCUCAUCCAUAGUCCGAGAAGAGCAGCAGCAGCUGCCGCUCGAGCUGCCACCGGAGAGCUCAUCCAUAGUCCCACAUCCACAGCCACAGCUGCCAAGCGAAAUGUCCAGACCACAGCGAAUCCAAAACAAGAGGCUGAUGGAAAGCGAAGGCGUCUCUGGGGAAAGACAGCCAUCAGUAGCAAAGAAGGCAAGCCGUGGGCUGAUGCAGGAGUGUCGCCGGAGAGCUCAUCCAUAGUCCCAUUAAUAGUCCAGCCACAGCUGCCGCCGGAGAGCUCAUCCAUAGUCCCGUCCAUAGUCCAGCCACAGCUGCCGCCGGAGAGCUCAUCCAUAGUCCCACAAGAGUGCAGCGGCACGGAGCGGGUCUUGAACAAGCAGAUUGCUCAGGCGAAGGCUUUGGCUGCGAAGAAAGCCAAAGAUGGUGAGCUCAAUGCUCACGACGAGGAUCUCCUGAACAAGUGCCAGACUGCUGCGGACUUGAAGAAGCAAUUGGGGAAGAUGUCGAAGGAGGAGCAGUACGAAUGGUACAAGAGUGAAAAGAAGUCCCACCGCCAGGACGGCGGCGGCAGUGUCUCGAAGAAGAGAACAUUUGCCACCGCCGUCGGAGUUGUCGAAGACACUCGGCGGACUUCCAUGAGAAACAGCGAGCAGGAUAGGUGGUGGCUUGAGAAAGACUGGGUCGCUCGAGAGAUGACCUUGGGCCUCGUGAAGAACUACGAGGAAGGGCGGGCCAAGUUCUUGAAACGGUGUCAGGAUGAUGACACCGAGUCGAAACAGUUGAGGGGCUGUUGGAUGCUGAAGGAGUUCGGUGGUGUGCUGGGCGAGCUCGCACAGGAGCACGGCGUCGCAGGAACUCUUCGCCAGCGAAUGGACGUGACAGACCAGAGCGAGCUGGCGGUCUGCCAAGAGCAGACAGCACAGCGGCUCAAAAAGGCCGCUGAAAGGCUGGCAACCGAAAAGGCCAUGCUCGACCAAGGCAUGGAAAACGCCACGGUGCCGGGACUGCAUGUCGCCCGAGACCUCGAUCAGCUCAAGCAGGAAGAGGCUGAGCGAGACCAGAGGUGGAUGGAAACGGUGCUGGAAAAGCAGCGUAGCGACCAGGAGAAGGCACAGCAGAAGGAAAAGAAAAAGCCGGUUAGGGCAGUGCUCUUCCUCCAGAUCAAGAAUGCUCAUGCCAGGGAAGAAGCCAUGCUUGCCUCCGCCCACGGCAAGCAGCAGGAAAGCUACAUUGCUUUGAGAGAAGAGACUCAGGCAAUGAUGGCAGAUGAAGACGAAGAGACAAAGAAAGAGUUCCAGUCAACAAUGGAGGCAAUCGAAAAGGACUUGCACACUUUGCUUGCCUCAAUCCCUGAGCUCGCGGCAAAGCGGAAAAUCAAGGAGGAACAGAUGGCAAAGGCGGAGGACGAUGACGAGCUGCUCACCUACCUGAAGGAGGCCACGGAGGCGUGCAAGAAGGGUCUUGGGGACUAUCAACCGCUGAAGGAGGUGAAGGAAAGGAUGAAGGCCUUCCGAAAUUUGGUCAACGAUGCCAAAAAGGCCUUUUCCAAGAAGGACCAGCUGGCCAAGAAGAAGGCAAAGAACAAGGCCCUCGCCCCUGCCACAUCUGCCGCCGUCGCCUCGCAGGCCGGGGCAUCAGCUGACACAGCAAUCAGCCCGGAGAUGCUGGACUGUGUCUGCUGGAUGCGGCACGAGCUGUCGAAGGCAAACUGGUCGAAGUUUCAGCGAGGCAGCAACGGGGUGUGCUUCAAUCUGCAGGAGGAUUUGCUGGAGCAGAUGCCGGGCAAGGGCCCGGUGCUGAUCCCUGCCGAGCAAGUCACAGGCCUGCUCAAGAGUGUUCACGACCUGGUUUACUACCAGUCCCAGAAGCAGUGGUUAGGAGAGAAGAUGAAGACAGAUGGCAGAGGUGUAACCACUGCGGUGAUCGGACGAGAAGCAGUUGCGAAGCAAGUUUUCGGCUUCAUCAGCAAGAGCCUGCCGGUGGCAGUCGCUGACCGCCUUGGCCUUCCGGGGGAUGAAGAGCUGCUCGACCUGUGGAGGCCCAUGUUCUGCCAGUGCAUGGGCGGCCGUGUGGACACCAGCACAGCCUUCAGCCUGCCAGAGCUGACGGUGCAUCUCGAGGGGACAAGCGUUUUCUUCGCCGGCUACCGUGCCACCCAGGACACACAGCUCAGGGACCUCAAAGACCUCACGUCGGCAGA